AUGAGCUGUCAUUGGUUGUGUACUGAACACUUGAGCAUCUUAAUAAUGCUCCGUGCCUCAGAUUACAAGUAUGGUAAACCAGAAUGUUCUGCACGCCAAAGCAAAAACGCACUCACACUGGUGAUGGCCAUGGAGAGUGGUGUACGCCAAGGCCUGGCGUACUCACGUGACCACCAGGGCGACCAGUCACUUGACCACAACAACUACCAAUCACAUGACCACUACAACUGCCUGUCACAUGACCACCACAACGACCACUCACAUGACCACCACAACAACCAGUCACGUGACCACCAGGGCGACCAGUCACUUGACCACAACAACUACCAGUCACGCCUCAUCAGCUCCUUAAUGAUUAAUUUAUUGCAGAGAUUCGCGUACGAGAAAAUUUUUGAAAUUUUUCUUCAGAAAUAA